UGAAUUUAAAUGGACCGCGAGCUGAAUGAAUUUCCGGUUGACCCCAAACGCGGGAAAUUCGUAGGUUUGUAAAUUGAGAUUGUUUUUCGUUUGCCGACAAAGUCUAACUGGAGUAGGGACCUUUUCACUGCAAAUUUUGCAAAAUCAGAUGAAAGGCAUCAUGCUUGGCAAAAAGAACAACUUGAGCUCCACAAGCGCCCUCGAUGUUGAUGUGGAUGCAGGAGAGAUGGAUUCGGAUUUACGUCCUAUAACACCAACGGUUAUGACUACAUGUAAGAAACGGAAGAGAUCAUCAUUCAAGGGCCCAGUCAGAAUGACAGAGAAAAUACGGGCAGAUAUAAGCACCAUGCUGAAAGCUGUUCCCAAAAUUGAUGAGUUGUUCACAGUGCUUGACAAAAUAGGAGAAGGUACAUUCAGUUCUGUGUAUAGAGCCACUCUGAAGAAGACUCCAGACUGUAACCAGGAGUUUGCUCUGAAACACAUCAUCCCUACCAGUCAUCCAUCUCGUAUCCUCAGUGAACUCAGCUGCUUGGUCAGAAUAGGGGGCUGUCAUAAUGUGAUGGGGGUGAAACUCACUGUGAGGGAGAAAGACAACAUUGUCAUUGUGAUGCCACACUUCAAACAUAAUAAAUUUCAGCUGAUUUAUGUUUUUUCUGCUAGCAUUUCUCGCCAGCCAGCGAUGAACAUAUUCGACGAAUCCUUUCAAGAUUUCAAAAAGAUGGAGUCAUCCUUGACAGUGAAGAUGAUUUCCUUUUUGACAUUGGAUUCGAGGAUGAUGAGUCCGGUGGUGAACCAACCCGGGAUGAGUUGCAUAACAUAGCAAACACUGUUGGAAGCGUUUCGGACCUAUGGGAACUCUGCAAGGAACUCAGACUGGAACAUGACAUCA